GUCAAAGUCAGUUGGCAUCAUGCACUCUCUGCAUGCCCUAUGGGUGCCUUUGCAGCAAAAGGAGCGGAUACUCGGACUGUGUGGCACUCAAGCCACUUCAAGGCAGUCAGCUUUGAUGCACAAAAUCAAAGUGCAGAGAACCAGGAAGUGACGCACAACACAACGAGCGAGUUGCUCGGCCAGGAAGCUCAGCAAAGUCAAAGUGCCACAGACGCACUCUGGCUUGGUGACGUCAGAUCCGCUGGCCGUCUGAAAAGGAUGGUGACUUUCCCAGUCGGUGAUUGGUUUCUUGGUGUUGGAGAUGGUGGUAUUGGCAGAGACAAGGACAACCCUGCACAAGGCGCUUUGAUCAUGAAAGGUUCACUGUCAGACUUUGAUGAAGACGCAAGACCACCGCAGUUGGAAACAAUGACAGUGGAGACUGAGGACAAGGCUCCAUUUGCUGCGGAAGGGCGAGGCAGAGGUGCUGGAACGGCGGAGCAGGCACCUCUUGGCAAGACGAGUGAUGAAUUCAAAGAGACGCAUGAACCUCCGCUGGGUGGCUGGACUGACAAUGCUCGCUCUGGGGUCACGAGACUUCCAAGAGCUGGCUUUGGUGGUGAGUUGCAGCUGCUGGAGGAUUUCAGGUCGCAGACAAUUCGAUUCAGUGAUUUGACUGACACUUCACGCUUUAGCUGUCAGCAUGCAGCUUGGGGUCCUGGCCCCGGUGGUCCAGGGCCGAUGCCAACGCUGCAGGGAUACCCUCAUCCGCAGAUAGAGCUGGAUCAUCCUGAGUCUUUUGUGCAUGUACACCUCGAAGACCGAUCUGCUGGGCCAACCCCACAUGUGUUGUGGGAUGCCGCAUACGACAUGGGAGGAACCGAGGUACUCAAGUCCACCGCUCCAGCAAUGUGGGGAACCAGGCCCAACAUGGAGCUCUUUUGCCCUCCAAAGCAUGGACCUCCACAUUGGUUUGAGCUGACGAUAUCUCGAGAAGCAAAUGCCAGAAGGAGACCUUCUAUGAUGCAGGACUUCAUUGCAUCUCAAGUCAUCUCAGCCUACAGGCCAGAUCAAGACCCUCAGUUGGAUGCCUUCUCAAUGGGUGUGGACACGGGCAUCGGGGCAGAGGCUGCCAAGGUAUCUUUCCUGUGACCUUCCACGCUCGCGAGAAAAA